AUGACUGUCAACCCGAAUACUGAUGAGUUGCGCAAAUGGACCCGGAAAAUUGACGCAUUACGAGGCAGCCUGGAAGAUUAUAAUUUAUUCGCCUCACAGUAUUCAAAUGAAACAAUGCACAUAUCUCAGGUUAAGGUACGACUUGAAGAGGUGGCAGGGUUUUCUGAAAAAUUCGAGGAGUACCAAGCGCAAUUAGAGAUGUUGGACGAGAAAAAAGAUUCAGAGUGGGUCUGUAUUCGGAGAAUUUUCCGAAACCGGCUAUGUGAUGUCAAGGCUGCAUUACUCAGAAUUGUGGAUGAGCAUGCCACAAAUGCAGACCAUGUUUCAAGCCCUUCAAUAAGUUCUCUUACAUCACAACAUCCUGGAACACUCAACUCCAUUAGGUACCCACCAUGUGUUCUUCCUACGUUCAACGGUGACUGGCAGCAGUGGUCAUCAUUCAUCGACACUUUUAAUUCCAUGUUCCAUAAUGACCAUUCAAAACUACCUCUUGUUCAACGAUUUCACUAUCUAAAGUCUUGCCUUUCAGGCCAAGCUAGUGAUGUAAUAAAAUCAAUUCCCACGACUGCCGAACACUACCAGCAUGCGUACGACCUACUAGUGAACCGUUAUGAGAACAAAAGCGCCAUCAUUCAAUCACACAUACGUUCGCUGCUAGAUACACCCAAGGUUGUUACACCAUCCACCAGUGAACUUCAAAAGCUGCAUCAUCACAUCAGUUCCAACAUAAAUGCACUCAAAUCCCUAAAACAACCAGUUGACAAGUGGGAUGCCUGGCUAGUUACGCUGUUAUGCAGUCGCAUGGACAGUGCUACAGUGGGUGAGUGGUACUUGCAGUACAAAAGCAAAGAGCUGCCCUCGUAUGAAGAUGUUGAACAAUUUUUGGCCAACCGCAUAACUGCCUAUGAAGCUGGAGACAUCAAUUGUAAGUCACAUGAAGCCAAAAAGGUGCCAAACAGAUCUUCAAAUAAUAAAGUCCAUGAUAAGAAAGCCUUGUUCAUAAAAUCAAAGGAAAAGGGUGGUGGUAAAUGUCCUCUAUGCUCUGAGCAUCAUAAACUGUACUCAUGCAGUAAAUUCAACAGCAUGAACACAACUGAGCGAAGGAACGUCGUAAUUAAAUCGAAGCUUUGUUUUAACUGCCUAAGCUUUGGCCAUCAAGUAUCUACUUGCUUCUUUCCUCCAUGCCCUAGUUGUGGUGAAAAGCACAAUUCUAAGCUCCAUGAAUCACAAACGAAUACAACCAAUACACAUGCUCCUACCACCAGUGAUGAUGACACACCUCAACCACAUGCAACUACUAUGUACACCGAAAUAGGAGUUACAUCUGCUGAAAAUUUAAAUGUCCUCCUAGCUACCGCCAUUGUCAACAUAUGCGACAACUUUGGGCGUAUGCAUUCAUGUAGAGCUGUUCUGGAUUCUGGUUCACAGUUGAAUUUCGUUACAAAUUCUUGUGCUAAAAGGCUCAACUUAUCUAUGACUUCAAAUGCACUUAACAUAGUUGGAGUUUCCGCUAUGGCCUCAACUGCUAAACAACUCCAAGAUACCAUUUUAUGCUCUCGCUUUGGUGAUUUCAAAACCAACAUAAAGUUUUACUCUUUGCAAACCAUAGUCAGUGCAUUGCCAUCUCAACUACUCAUUCGUGACAGAUUGAAGAUGCCCGAUAACAUACUUAACCAAUUGGCAGAUCCAAAUUUUCAUAUUCCUGGUCCUAUAGAUGUGCUGUUGGGUGCUGACAUAUUUUUUGAUAUUUUUUAUGGUGAUAAGGUUCCAUUAUCAAAUCUAGCUGUCUUGAAUCGUACGAAGCUAGGAUGGAUAGUUACAGGCAAAAUCUCAACUGUGUCACCCUCUAAUACCUUACCAAACCUCAUGAUCAACAAUCAGUCAGCAUUAUCAUUUUUUGUAUCAAAAACCAAUCAGCGCAUUCUUGAAGAGCUCAAGGCUGAAGAACAUUUUAAAUCAUCCUUCAGUCGUCAUUGCAGUGGGAGAUUCAUGGUUAAACUACCAAUGGCACAGGAUCCCAAGGUGCUUGGCGAUUCACUCGACAUGGCUCGAAAAAGAUUCCUAAAUUUAGAGAGGCGACUCAUAAAAGAUAAACCACUGGCUGAGCAGUACGACAAAUUUAUAUCUGAAUAUAUUUCCUUGGGUCACAUGGAACUAGCAUCGCCAAUCAUUGAUAAGCCUACAUUUUACUUGCCACACCAUCCUGUGUUCAAAUCAGAUAGUACCACCACAAAGAUGCGCGUUGUAUUUGACGGCUCUGCAACAACUAGAUCAGGAUUGUCAUUAAACAAUAUCAUGCUCAGGGGUCCAAAAAUGCAACCAGACAUAUUCAACAUCUUGCUGCGCUUUCGAUUGCAUCCCGUUGCCUUAACUGCAGAUGUAGAGAAAAUGUACCGCCAGGUAUUAGUGGCUGAGGAAGACUGUGAGCUACAGCGUAUUGUAUAUCGCUCGCAGCCUGGCGAACCACUGAGGCACUAUAAGCUGAAGACUGUCACCUAUGGUACAAAAUCUGCCUCCUUCCUGGCCACACGUUGUCUUCAUGAGCUUGGUGCACCUAUUAAAACUACACCAAUAGGCAGAGUCAUAUGCCAAGACUUUUAUGUUGACGAUCUCAUCAGUGGGGGUAACACUGAUCAAGAAUGUUACGAUAUUCAUAAGCAGGUGCACUCAAUCCUUGGCAAUGCUGGUUUCCCUUUGCGAAAAUGGUGUUCGAGUUCAGUAACCCUUUUCAACAGUUUGCCACAUACUCAGAACGAUCCAAACUUCAUGGUUAACCUCACUGAAACUGAAGUAUUGAGCGCUUUAGGUCUUCUUUGGCAACCUUCAAUAGACAGUUUUCGUUUUACAACAAAAAAUUGGACUCCUCCCAUACACAUGACUAAGCGCACCCUCUUGUCAGAUAUUAACAGCGUCUAUGAUCCGCUUGGUUUAAUAUCAUCAGUAUUGAUUAAAGGCAAGAUCUUCAUUCAACAAGUUUGGAGCCUUAAACUAGGUUGGGAUGACCCUUUGUCUGAGGAUUUACGCUCCAAAUGGACAAAAUUUUAUUUAAGUUUGGUUGUCCUCAAUGACUUAAUUACACCAAGACUAGCACUAUUAGCUGAUUCCGCCAGUUAUGAAAUUCAUGGUUUUUGCGACGCGUCUCAGCAUGCUUAUGGUGCUUGUAUUUAUAUUCGAUCCAUUAAGCCAAGUGGCAAUGCCGACAUCAGAUUGUACACUGCGAGAUCUCGGGUUGCACCAAUAAAAACAACCACAAUACCUCGCCUUGAAUUGUGUGGCGCACUAUUAUUAUCUGAGUUGGCUGCAGAGGUAAAAAAUGAAUUUUCAAAGAUAAACAUGGCAUUGCCUACAGAAAACAUACAUUUGUGGACUGAUUCAACCAUCGUCCUUGCUUGGUUGACUAGUAUGAAACCGCUUCAAGUAUAUGUCGCCAACCGAGUGGCUCAAAUAAAUGAGCUCUCAUGCGAAACACAAUGGCAUCACACACCUACUACCAACAAUCCUGCUGACCUCAUAUCUCGGGGAAUUGAUGUUAGUGCAUUACCUUCUUGUCAAUUAUGGUGGGAUGGGCCAGAAUGGUUACGUUUACCUUCAAGUCAUUGGCCAACAAAUCCUGCACUUCCAUCAGAUUUACCUGAAGUUCGGACCAUUAAACUAGCAUUGGUUGCUACUGCGGUUGAUAAUCCUAUGUGGAUUUUAAAAAGGUAUUCCAAUUGGUUCACACUAUUAAGAGUAACUGCAUUGGUACGUCGGUUCAUGUCAAAUUGCAAGGCAAAGAUUUCAAACAAAGAGCGUGUGGGUGGUUUCAUCUCGAUGGAAGAAAUAAACAGUGCCAAGACUUAUUGGACAGUUCGUUCUCAGUCUGAAUCAUUUCCUAACGAAUUAUCAUCAUUAAAGGCCGGACAACUAGUGCACCGUGGCAGUUGUCUUAAGGCAUUAAGUCCAUUUAUAGAUGACCAAGGCCUAAUUCGUGUGGGCGGUAGAUUAAAUAAUGCGCAAAUUUCAUACAACACAAAACACCCAAUAGUACUUUCAAGCCGGUCUUAUGUCACAAAACUAAUUUUUCAUUAUGAGCAUCGACGCCUUAUGCACAUUGGACCACAAGGACUUUUAUCACACAUUUCAAACAGUUAUUGGAUUAUUCGUGGUAGAAUAAUAUCAAGAAAAACAGUUAAUGAUUGCCAUCAGUGUUUUCGCGCAGCACCCAAAUUCAUGUCACCUUAUAUGGCUCAUUUGCCAAAAGAACGGGUAACCAUUGCAAGACCAUUUGCAAGAAGCGGUCUUGAUUUCUGUGGUCCAAUCAUGAUCAGAAGUGGACGUCGAAAGGUUUCACCCACAAAAAGUUAUGUUUGUGUUUUUGUCUGCAUGGUCACCAGGGCUGUUCAUUUAGAACUGGUGUCAUCACUGUCCAGUGAAGACUUUCUAGCAACAUUGUCAAGAUUUAUGGCUCGUAGAGGCCAAUGUUCUAGUCUAUACAGUGACAAUGGCACUAAUUUUGUGGGGGCUAACCGGAUACUGCAAGCACACCAUAAAGAUAAUAUUAUAAACAAUUACUUAAACAAUAAUUGCAUUCAGUGGAAAUUUAUACCAGCGGCAGCACCUCACUUUGGGGGACUGUGGGAAGCUGCAGUCCAAGCAGCUAAACGUCACUUACACCGAGUAUCACAGGGAGUUCUGUUAACUUACGAUGAAACUACAACUCUUCUGUGCAAGGUCGAGGCUGCACUAAACUCCAGGCCCUUGACACCCAUGCCUUCAGACCCAGCUGAUUUAAGCGUUUUAACACCUGGACAUUUCCUGGUUGGCAGUUCCCUAAUGCUUCCACCUGAACCUGAUUAUUCAUUGAUUCCUCAAAACCGGUUACGCAGAUUUAAGCUCAUGGAGGCCCAAUUCCAAAAUUUUUGGAAGCGUUGGCUAUCUGAAUACUUGCCCCAAUGCCAAAAAAAGGGGAAGUGGCUAAAAAGAACCAGAAAUGCUGUGGUAGGCGAUAUUGCUAUACUCAAGAAUGAACUAUUGCCACCUCUUCAAUGGCCCUUGGUUCGAAUAACUGAAGUUCAUCCAGGACAAGAUGGCAUCGUCCGAGCGGUUACUGUGCGCAACUCAUCAGGUCAACAAUUCAGCCGUCCAGUGGUGAAGCUAGCAUUCCUACCAACUCAUGAAGAUGAAGACGGAGCAUAG